GGGUUAAUGCCGGGAGUAGUACUGCCAGCUAUCAAACUGGAAGAGACUUAGGCUCUCCCCAGAGAAGAAGGGAAGAGUUUUGCAAUCUGCAAAAUGGGAUGGUCGGAGAUCAACACAGCAGACCCUUUGGGGACAUGCGGUACACCCCAGCCAAUAUGCAGGAUAGUCAGGAACCUGUGAAUGAGAUAUCGCCUGUGUCGAACACACUUAACCCCAACCGCGCCAUGGGAACUCUUGUGGACCCUUUCUCUAUCUCGUCUUCGUCUAGUUCCACACCAUCCGUUCUUUGGGAUGAAUUUCCGCUCCCAACACGAAGAGUAGCGGAUGGGCUUCUGGAAACAUAUUUCAAAGAUGUAUAUGUGUUCUACCCUUGGGUCCAUAAGAAGAGUUUCAUGGACAUUUAUGAUUUACAGUGGUCCAUUCAUAUUGACAAGACUUCAUUUGACUCACCGGAUGUCGGUCUAGGGGGCGGAGAAUGUUCCCGGGCCAUAUUUAAGUGCGCAUUGAAUGCGAUGUUCGGGCUGGCGUGUGAAUUCUCGACUCUGGAGCUAGAGAAGAGACUAUGGUUGUCUCAGGACUUCUACAACUGUAUGAAGGGUCUGCUGGGAAUCAAUGUCUUUAACGGUGGAAGUCUCGCUCAUGUACAGGCUUUGCUCCUCGUGGCUCUGUAUCUGCAGUGCACGCUGGACCCCAAGAGAUGCUGGAAUGUGGUGGGCAUGGCUUACCGCAUGGCAGUUGGACUUGGGUUAUAUCUAAGCAACCAGCCUAAUGAUGGUUUGGCUCCGGUCGAGAAGGAGAUGAGAUGGCGUACCUGGUGUGCCUGUGUACAGAUGGAUAUUACCGCCAGUAUGAUCGUGGGUCGUCCACCAAUGACCCCUUCUUCCCAAGAUAUCCCACUACCAUCUCACCUGAGUGACGAACAAUUACAAGAAAUGGAUGACCAAGGGGGCACGGAACAUGCUAGAUUGAUGGCAGCGGAUCAAUUCUUUUACGAGAAUAUGAGGCUCACUGCAAUACUGGUCAAGAUUCUCUCCAAGAUAUACCGAAGUCCAGACCCCGGGUCACAGUCACAUGUAGAUAUUCAGGCAAUCUUGGAUAUCGAGUGUGCGUUGGAGGAUUUCCAAUCGACGCUUGAUCAAGCGCUUCACUGGAAGAUGUCUUAUUCUGGAAAGAGCAAAGCAUCUGAAAGGCACUGUACCAUCAUUCAAUUUAGAUUUUCAUAUCUGAAACUCCUAGCAUAUCGUCCUGCGUUCAGCGAAUAUUGCUCAACUGUGAAAGCCAGAACCCGGAGAUUAGAGGAUGAGUGGAUGGACGAUGCAGGCCCUACAGCAGACUCUUGGAAUACGCUGUUUCUGGAGAACUGCGCUACGAGAUGCGUACGAGCUGCGUGCAAUGUCGUUUGGGCAUUCAAUCUAAACAUUAUGGGAGAUGCUUGGUGGUACGGCGUAUAUUAUUUGUUUACAGCUGGUAUUAUCCUCACACUUGCUGAUGGGAGCGGAACUACUUUUACUUGGACCGGUAGUGAGGAUGAAAAACCAAAUAUUUGGGAACCAUGCUUGAGUUCGCUGUACAAAAUGGCCCAGGACGUUCAUCCAUCGGCGAGCGAUCUCGCUACUGCAUUGACCGGACUCAGAGAUCGUUAUGUGCCAUUGGAACACUACCAGGGCAAUCAAUCCUCAGCUCAGAGGCAGCGCCAUUUAAUCACACAAUAUGGAAAUCAAGUCGACAAUUCGGAUGACCUUCGAGACUCCAAUCAAAUGAACUCGUUAGCUGAAAAUAACGGGGGACUAUGUAACGCAUUGAGUCCAUUAGUCUCGAACUGGGGCAAUGCGCUUGGGGAUAUAAUGCUUCCGGCGAGGCUACUGCAACGGGUGGAUGAUGGGAUUAUGGUGCCGAAUCUAUUUUGAUCGUGCAUACACGCGCAUUGCGAUGUGAUGUCUGCAUGGAUGUGCAGGUUGCGUCAACCUAUGUCAGCUACUGUAUCUAACCCAGUGAUAGAAUAUCAUGUAUCUAUAAUGACUCGUCUACAAAUAGUCUAGACUGGAUAACCGAGUCCGUUAAUCAUUCGAGUCACG